ACUCUUUAUUGCGAUGUUACAAACUUGAAGGUCGUGUUAUUAGAAUUCGUAAUCAAAUGUGUUGGAAGGGAUCAUCUCUGAUGUGCGUAAAGUGUAUAUUGUUGUGUUUGAAUGUCAUAUUUAUACUGAUUGGGUUAUCGUCUAUCGUAAUAGCUUGUUGGGCCUUAUUUUGGCCCCAAAUAUUUUUGGAUAUUAUGGGACCUCAUUUGUUACGAAUAUCAGCAUAUUCAACCAUAUCCAUUGGAGGAGUCGUUUUGCUACUCUCAAUUUUAGGAUGCGCAGGCGCUGCACUUGAAAAUCGGUGCAUUUUGGUUACGUUCUUCACAUUACUUUGUGGCUUGUUCAUGGCUUGUUUAGUUAUUGGAACUCUAGCAACUGUAUUUAGAAGAGAUUUAAUUAUACUUAUGGUUAAUCGGAUGAGUAUUGCCGUACAGCAAGAUUAUGGAAAUUCAGACUUCUGGACGGAACUACUCGACCUUCUCCAGUCAAAGUUGAAAUGUUGUGCUGUUGAAGAUAAUCAAGCAGAUUUAUAUCUCCGUUCUGUUUGGUAUUCACGUCAAAUACAUCAAUCUUCAGUAUUUGGAACAAAUUCAAUACGAUUAAUAUCUCAAGAAUAUGAUAAUAAUUUAGGAAUACCAAGUGUAGCAAAUGUUCCAUUAUCAUGUUGUGUAUAUUCAUUAGAAACUAAAGAAUUUUCAAAUCGUACCGCUUGUCAAAUUGGUUCUUUAAAAUCUAAUUUAAAUCCAUAUCUCAAUCCUCAUAUGGCUGGUUUAAUACUAGGCUUAUUAUUAUUAAGAAGUUUUUCAGUGGAUGACUACCCAGAGAUUAAUUUACGUGAAAAUGUAUGAACUGUCAAGAUAGAAUCAAACUUACACAUAUUUAUAUAUCUACUCAUAAAAUUUGCAUUUUUGAGAAAAAACCGAUUGAUAAUUUUCUUCAUUCCAAAAUAUAUCAAUCUCCUGUCUGUAUAUCUUUCUCUCUCUAUAUAUUUUUUAUUCUGCUCUUGUUUCUUGUUUUAUUCCCAAACCUAUUGUUUGUAUUUCAUGUUCAUUUCACUGUAUCAUUUUUUUUGUUUCACAGAUCUACUUUGUUUUUCUAUCUCUCUUUGAAUAUUUUAUUCAAAAAUAUAAUCAAUCGUUUUCAUUUGAUGUUAAAAAGGCGGAUUACAUAAAAGACUUGAUCAAUAUUAUCUUUAUUCAUUCGUCUAUUAUCUGUCUCACUAUCAAACAAGGAAUAGAAUACUAGCAUAAACAUUCUGCUAUCAAAUAUAUACAUAUAUUCAUAUAAUUUGUUUGUUUCAACGUUCCCUCAUGUGAGCUUAAUUUCUUCUGCAUAUUUUUUUUUGUUAUCGAUGCCAGUGAGUUUUAAUCUUAUUCCAUCGCUAAUAUAUAUAAGAGUAAUCAUUUGGAAGGAAGAGUAGCAAGUUAUAAUUUUAGUGUAAGUCAAUAAAGAAACAUUAAUUUAAUCAGAAACAAUAAUGAAAUUAUUAAGAUGUAUACAUAUAUCUAUCUGUAUAUCCCUCAAAUAUCAGAUACAAUAUUUAUACAUAUUUUCCUAAUGGAUUCUUUUCGUCUUUAUCUUCUUGUCCUAUUAUCAACCAUAAGAUCAAUUCGCACUUCAUAAAUUACAAAAUUGUCUUGAAAGUUUCACUUAGUUUAUAUAUUUAUUACAAGUUUAUUUACUAUAUAAUGCAUAACAGCUAGUCUAUUUUUUGAUUUUUCCUAUAGCCGUUUGUUACUGUGUUGUUAAUUCUUUUUUCUUUUAGAUUUACUGAAGCUUAUUUAAACUUUAAUAACUACCUUUCUAUUCAUUUUAUUUGAAAAUAAUUUUAUUUAAAGUAGAAGGCCAUCAUUCUAUUUUACAUUUAACACAGUACGAACAAGAGUAGUGUAAACAGUUUGUUUAAAAGUGACAUCAUCUUGUAAAUCCCGAACCAUCUGAUUUCUUAAACACUGUUAAUUGUACAAGAAUAUCAGACAUGUAGAGAAAACAUUACUGUAAUCAAUUUAUAAAUAUUUUUUGAUCUAUCCAUUGGUUUACUUGUUAAGUUCAUCACAUCAUUAUUAACUCAUCUCCACGUUGAUUUUCAUAUGUUUUAUUACAAAUUUGUGUGAUCAAUCAAUAUUUGUGUAUUUUUAAUAAAAGCAUUGUAAAGCUGUUUUGGUGAAACAAUAACUAUAUAUUGUACUGGUCAAGACAUUAUCUUUAUAAAUGAAAUAUUAAAAGUGAAUUUGUAUUAAUGUACUUUAUGGAGAGUUGAUCUAUUUCAUAUUGUUAACAACCAGUUAGCUACUGAAAAUGAUAUGUAAUACUAAACAAUAUGCGUAUCAACUUACAGCUCUGUUAAAAACCAAAACCAUGUUAAUUUAUAAUGAAUAUCCCAACAUAAUGAAUCAAGUGAAUAAACAAAAGAGUGAUUAUUACUUUACGAUGUGUACUAAGAAUAAAAAAAACUUGACAGACGAACACGUCUAGAUUUGAUAAAUCUAAUAAAUUGAAUUUCUUAGACAGACAAAAUACUAUAAUAUGAUGUGGUUACCUGUUAACUACUCACAAGAAAGCUUAAAUUUACGCAAGUUUGUCCCCAAAUAAAUAAUUUUAGUGUACUUACCAAACGGUUCAUAUAAUUAAAUGCUGCAUUCAAAAUAUCACUUCACUAAUGUACAAGUGAGAAACAAGAAAAAGACAACAAUUAUGUUUUUUAAAUUAUUUUCUGAUAUCAAAGCUGAUGAUAAACAAUUACAAAAACUGAUUCAUCUAAAAUGUGCUACUAUAUCGAUAAAUAGAAUCAUAUUAAAGCCUGGAAUAUAUUAGAAUAACUGAACUGGAAAAAGUACAAUAAACAGAAGGAAAGAACGAUACCUGAAGCAAUAGGUUCAUUUAAAUGUCUACCGAUUUUAAAUAUCAUUUAACCUCAAUACGUCAUAACAUAUCCAGAUUCUAACUAUAUUUAUCUUCUUUCAUAAAUGCUUACAAAUCUAUUUCAUUGACAUAAGUCAUACUGUGUUAUUGUACAUUUAUCCAAUCCUUUGAUACCCCAUAGGUUUAAUACUUUAGCAUUAAAAUGUAAUCCAAUAUUCUCAAUUAUAUAAUGAAAUAUAACACUUAUAUUAUUCAAUAAUAAUAAAUCAAUAUUGAUACUAAUAAAAUAAGUAUAUCCUAGAAAUGAAACUCUUUGACGUACACAUGUUUUCAUUAAAUCUAAUCGAAUUUCAUUAUAGCAACUAAUUGUAUACAUCAGCUGAUAAACAUAAGUAACAAAUUCAUUUCAGAUAAAUGUAUCCAACUUUAAAAGAUAUUGAAUAUGAGUAAAUCAUUUAAUGACUAUAAAAAUAAUAAAACAAACUCUCUUUUAUUUCUAAUCAAUCCAGAAUAGUUAUUAUUUCAUUUAUUCAUUGAUAAAAUUUCGUUUAUCAUUCUAAUAACUAAUUAUAUUAACUAAUCCUAUUAGAUAAAUAGAAUUAGUGGUGAUAAUAGAAUGAUUUUUAUCAGACAAAUAAAUAAUAAUAAUAAUCAUAUUAUUAUUAUGCAAAACUCUUUAUCUUAAUUGGACAUUAAACACAUUACUCAUAUAAUCAAUCUAAGCGUAAAAAUCAUUCAUUAAAGUGAUGAGACUAUAAUAUACCCGUAAAAUUUAUUAUAUUUAUAGGAAUUUUCAGUUUUAUUAUUCUUUCUAACUAAUUAUUAAAGUAUACCUAUUAUAGUGAUAAUUAUUACUGUUAUAGACACAAAUAUAAUUGAUAUCAAAU